AUGACAUCGACCUCAGACAUUCCUCAGAACCAUUCAGAGAGAGUUGAGCCCGAGGACGAGCCCUUGCUGGGCCGUCCUGGAGAUGCGUCGCAGAAACCCGACGACAACAUUCUUCGCAACCUCGUCACAGGCACGGCAAGUGUGGCUCAAGUCGGGAUUUGGAUGCUGGCGGCCCUUGUCUGGUCGGGCAUUCUAUCCCAGCCACUUUCUCUCUUCACGGCUCAUCCGCUGCUAAGCAUUUCGGCCGUUUUUCUUCAAGUCCAAAGCUCUCUGAUCCUCCAGCCCACCGUCACUCAGCGGCAAAAGACUCGCGGGGCCCGUCUCCACGCCGCCAUCCAACUAAUCAGUACGCUAUUAUUCGUGUCUGGCUUCAUAACCAUCGAGGUGAAAAAGGGCAGCAGUGCGCGAUUAAUUUCUCCGCACGGCAUCUUGGGCCUGACCACGUACAUCUCCGUCGUGUUGCAAGCUUUGGCCGGAGUGGUCCAGUUCUUCUUCCCUCUGGCUAUCCUUGGGAGUGUUGACGCUGGCAAGCGAAUCUACAAAUACCACCGCUGGACCGGCUAUGUUCUGCUACUGCUGGAGAUGGCGACUGUCGUGGCGGCGACCCAGACCACGUACAACCUGAUUGCAAUCCAUAUUUCGUUGGGACCGGUGGUGGUGGCCGCCAUCUUGACCCUGGCAGGGGUGGGUGCCCGAAUCAAAAAGCAGAAAUUGGGGAUUGGACUGGUUUAA